CUGAUAUUAUUUUUAUUACAUGGUUUAUCAGUGCAAUUAUCUUCUUUUUUCAUGUUUUGUACUAGUUAUUUACUGUGGAUUAUCUUCUUGACAUAUUUGUUCAAAGUUAAUUUUCAUUUUUUUUGUUCCUUUGAUUUUUUGGGGGUUUAUUUUUGUGUUAUACUGAGGUUUUGAGUUGGUAUACGGGACAUUUUAUCUGAGUUUUAUUUUUUACUUUUACUUUUAUUUUUUCAUGUUUGGUAUUUUGCAAGAAGAAAAUGCUAAAAUCUUAUUUAUUAUACUGUCUUGUCCUAUCCAGUACUAUAUAUACUGAAAAACACUUCACAUACUGAUUUUUUGUGGGAGCUUAAAGUCUGCAACUAUGACUUGCUUCGUUUUGGAAUUGAAUUUUCAUUUUUCUUUUCCAUUUUUUAUGUGUUUUCGCUCGAAAGUUAUAUAUCUUGGUUAUAGUAUGAUUGUUCCUGGUGAAGUUCAGUGAUGAGAUAUAAAGUUUUGAGUUUCAUCCUUGUGCAAUUGUGUAAUGAUACCAAAAGUAUGCCUUAUUGAUUUGUUGCUUGAUUUAAUUUGAAAAAGAAAGAUUUUCAUAUCUCUUUCCGAUUUUGUCUCGAUUACUUCACAAUAUUGAAUGACCAAUUAUUUCUGCUCGAACUUUACAAGACCAACAAGCGAAGACCAAGAAUAUUUCCUGUUCUCUUCGUCUGUUUUAGUCUUUAUAUUUGUUAAUUGGAAUUAUUCUCCUCCAAAAUAAUUAACCUUUUUUAAAUUCAGGUCAAGUUUUUCAUCAACUGAUGGACCUGAGGUGUAUACUUAGAAAAAUCGAGUUGUAAUACACAAUAUAGAAUCCCAGCUCGACCCAAAUUCUUUCUUUUGUUACUUCUGGUGAAAAUGUUUUCAGCAGGUUCUAUGUCCAACGUCUUGUAAUCUCUCGAUUAAUCAUUUAGAUGAAAGUGUCCCUAAUCUGUUAAGAGUUUACUUUGGGAUAUUAGAAGUGGAAGUUCUGAGUCUUGAUCAAGAGCCAAUGUGUAUGAAGAUGAUGAACUCUAGGAAUAUACUUUAACUUAUUGGUCACUUUCUUUAACGCCCAUGGAUGAACAAUACCCAUAUGGACUAUCUUGAGCUGUAAACAUUAGUUUGUCCACUAUUUAUUUUUUAUGAGCAUAGUUUUUGCUUUUUUAAUGAGUAUCGAUGUGGCCCCAUAAGGACUCAAAAUGAUUGCACUAUGGUUAAAAUUAACUAUUUAAAUCUUCACAUCUACUUUGAGUCUCUCUAUCCAUUUGUUUAGUUCCCCAGUUUGAAGCCUUUUCUGCAUGGUGGCUCUUCUAGACCUUCAUUUAAUCAUUGAUAGUAGGCACCUAUUUGUUUCUUCUUCUUUUUUCCCACUUCAUAGCUGUGAAUUGACGCUGUAUCCUGGUUCUGUUUCUAGAAAAUACUUAGGAUCGUCUAAUCUGAGAGCAGAACACUGUGUAUUCGUCGAAAAGUCGCCAAUUUAUGGAUGCAGUCUUCAGAUUCAUGCCAGUAUACCGAAAAUAUUUAUGCAGUGUGACAUUGUACUGAAAGUAACAACAUGUAAUCUUGCAAAAGAGGCUCUGCAAUUGCUCCGAGAAAGAAAAGACGGAUUUGACAUUGUAAUCAGUGAUGUCAAUAUGCCUGAUAUGGAUGGUUUCAAGCUUCUAGAGUAUGUCGGUUUAGAAAUGGAUCUUCCCGUUAUAAUGAUGUCUGUUGACGGAGAAACAAGCAGGGUGAUGAAAGGGGUUCAACAUGGUGCAUGCGAUUAUCUUCUUAAGCCAAUAAGAAUGAAAGAGCUUCGAAACAUAUGGCAACAUGUUUUCAGAAAAAGGAUACACGAGGUGAGAUAUAUUGAAAGUCAUGAAGGCCUCGAAGAAAUUCAGAUGAUGAGAAAUGGUAUGGAACAAUCUGACGAUGGCUACUUGUUUUGUGGAGCCGAUCUGAUUACAGGAAAGAAAAGAAAAGAUGUUGACUUCAAGCAGGACGAUAGACAAUCUGGUGAUCCGUCAUCUGUUAAGAAAGCUCGGGUAGUUUGGACUGUCGAUCUUCAUCAGAAGUUUGUGAAAGCUGUAAAUCAGUUUGGAUUUGAUAAAGUUGGCCCUAAGAAAAUACUUGACUUGAUGGGAGUGCCCUGGUUAACAAGAGAAAAUGUUGCUAGCCAUUUGCAGAAGUAUCGCCUCUAUUUGAGUAGAUUGCAGAAAGAAAAUGAGCUAGAAGCCUCGAUUAGUGGGAUGAAGCCAUCGGACGUCUCUACAAAAGACACUGCUGAUAAUGUUUGCCUUCAUAAUUCAAGCACUGCGCCACAAAAUAACGAUACAAAUGGAAGCUAUGUUGUUUGUGGAAACAAGAUCCCUAUUAAGAGUGUCGAUUCCAAAAUUUGUGGGGAGGAUAUGAAGAUUGCUUCAGUUCAAAUGGCUGAAUCAAAGGAAGAACUAAUUGGAGUCAUAACUGAUCCCCAGAAAAGCAGCAAUUCAAUAACCGGCCUCAACCACUCUUCCGGACAAAUUGGUUCGAAUGUGAGAUACGAACCUAAGGUCCCGGCUCAGUUUUCUUGGACAGAAGUUCCACUUGUGCAGUUCAAGCAAGAACAUAAGCCACAGUUCCAGUCGCAAUCUUGGAGUGCAGAAGUUCAACCGGUUCAGUUCAAACAAGAAAACAAGCCACAUUUCCAUUCUGAGAAUAGUUUCAGUCAUCUUCCACUGUCUAAGAAUCACAUCCAAGUGGAUUGCACAGAACCGAUUCUCUCCCACCAUCCGAUACCUUCCGCUGACGAAAAAGAUAAACAAGUAGACAUCAGGCAUAACUGCAUCAAAAGCAAAAGCAAAAGAAAAAGCAAAGGUAUCGGGAUAGUAAAUCCAGUUGAAAGUAAAGCUGAGUUGUUUUCUGUCCAACCCGAAAGCCUUUUGACAGUCUGUCAAGAAUAUGAGCCGAUUCCAUGCUCUGUGUGGAACAUGAAGAAUCACAGCUUAGAACAUAUUCUACUUAAUGAUAUCGACUCUUCACAGAGAAGCCUAAUCCUUGGAAUUGGAUCAGGUUUCAGAUUGUGGGACGAGGAAUUUCAAGGUUAUUCUCCUCAAGGUGAUUUUCAUCCACAGAAUGCUGGAUUUGAGACUAUAGAAUCUUUUGCUCACAGUAAUCAAGAGCUUAUUGCUGACAUUCCACCCCUCUUGUAUGAUUCACUGAAUUUCGACUAUGGGAAUCAAAGUGAGGCAAUGGAAUAUCCUGUAAUGGACCAAGGUUUAUUUAUUGCCUGAAACUUUAAUCAGCAAAUUUGCUUGUUAGAUAUCAUCAAUGAGAGUAGGCAUCUUUCUGAUAUUCAAGUUGCCUGGCUUGUAAAGGAACUAUUAAGCAUGUACCCUAAGGUGAUGGCAAAUAUUAAGCUUAAUAAGGAAGCUUCUCAAGAACUUCUACUCUCUCGUCUGUGUUCUCCCUUAGAGGGAGACUAACAAAGUUUCUUUAAUUGAAAAUUAUAGAUCAAUCUGUACUUCUCAAACUCGGUAGAUGCAAAAUGCUUUAUGUUCCAAGUGUCUAUUUACUUGCCUAAGAACAUGUAGCUGCAUCUAAUGGUAUGGGAGACAGAAAUGAUACUUGUACAGGGAAAUGCAUAGGCAACUUUACAAGUGAUGAAAUGGCAGCACUUGAUUGACUGUUUUAA